AAUCCAGUAUGCCGGAUGGAGGCAUUUUUGUUGGCGCUUUGUGAUUGUGACCGGAAGAAGGAGUUUGUGCAGCUACUAGAAAGUAUGGACAUCACAAAGUUCUCAUCACUGGAUGUUGUGGCACGUACCUUUAAAUGCCUUGGAAGGCUCCUAUUGGAGUCUUUUGCAUUGAAGAUCCUUUUGGAAUAUAAAGCAUGUGACUGUGAAGCAGGGAAUACUUCAAUCUUGAUUUAUAGUUAUGUUCUUGGCAUUCCAAAUUUAACGGUGAGGACCUUCUCAUGA